CCGCCGGGGAUAUAAAUGGGCCGGCGCGAGGCCCAGCACGGCGUGCGCUGCGGCCGGGUCGGAUCUGAGACGAGCAAUACCCAUCUUCAUCCACGCACACCCCGCCUCCUCCCUCCGGAUCGGAUCGGAUCCGCCCGACCACCCCGCGCCGCCGCCGCCGCCGCCGCCGCAGUGAGCAUCCCGCCCUGCCGCAGAUCAGAUAAGAUGGCCGCAGUUGACACCUUCCUCUUUACCUCGGAGUCUGUGAAUGAGGGACACCCUGACAAGCUCUGCGACCAGGUCUCAGAUGCCGUUCUUGAUGCUUGCCUUGCUGAGGACCCAGACAGCAAGGUUGCUUGCGAGACCUGCACCAAGACUAACAUGGUCAUGGUUUUUGGUGAGAUCACCACCAAGGCCAACGUUGACUACGAGAAGAUUGUUAGGGAGACCUGCCGCAACAUCGGUUUCGUGUCUGCAGAUGUUGGGCUUGAUGCUGACAACUGCAAAGUGCUUGUGAACAUUGAGCAGCAGUCCCCUGAUAUUGCUCAGGGUGUGCAUGGCCACUUCACAAAGCGGCCUGAGGAGAUUGGAGCUGGUGACCAGGGACACAUGUUCGGGUAUGCAACUGAUGAGACCCCAGAGCUGAUGCCCCUCAGUCAUGUCCUUGCCACCAAGCUUGGUGCUCGUCUCACUGAGGUGCGCAAGAACGGGACCUGCCCCUGGCUCAGGCCUGAUGGGAAGACCCAGGUGACUGUUGAGUACCGCAAUGAGGGUGGUGCCAUGGUCCCCAUCCGCGUCCACACUGUCCUCAUCUCUACCCAGCAUGACGAGACAGUCACCAACGACGAGAUUGCUGCUGACCUCAAGGAGCAUGUCAUCAAGCCCGUCAUCCCUGAGCAGUACCUUGAUGAGAAGACCAUCUUCCACCUGAACCCAUCUGGUCGCUUUGUCAUUGGUGGACCUCAUGGUGAUGCUGGUCUCACUGGCCGGAAGAUCAUCAUUGACACCUAUGGUGGCUGGGGAGCCCAUGGUGGUGGCGCUUUCUCUGGCAAGGACCCAACCAAAGUCGACCGAAGUGGAGCCUACGUUGCAAGGCAGGCUGCCAAGAGCAUCGUUGCUAACGGCCUUGCUCGCCGCGCCAUCGUCCAGGUCUCGUAUGCCAUUGGUGUGCCUGAGCCACUCUCUGUGUUUGUCGACACAUACGGUACUGGCACGAUCCCAGACAAGGAGAUUCUCAAGAUUGUGAAGGAGAACUUUGACUUCAGGCCUGGCAUGAUCAUCAUCAACCUUGACCUCAAGAAAGGCGGCAACGGGCGCUACCUCAAGACAGCAGCCUAUGGUCACUUCGGAAGGGACGACUCUGACUUCACCUGGGAGGUGGUGAAGCCCCUCAAGUGGGAGAAGCCUUCUGCUUAAGGCGCCCUUCCAGAAGAAGCUUUUGGUCUUCUGGGCUUAUCAUAUGGCUUCUGUGUUAUGGUUCUUGAUAUACCCCUUGCUUUCAUUUGUAUUGUAGUGUCGUAAUAAGUGGUACUUGUGAGUGUAUUACUGUCUUGUUAUUUACGUAGAGGAGGAUUUAUUGUCUGCUAUUUCUUCUUUCACUACUUAUUAUGUAAUGGUCAACGAAAGAAAGAAGCUACAGGCUACUUUGAGAAGAAAUGGAAGCUGCUGUUUUCUGGUUA